CUCCCCGGGAAACAGAUCACAGCCUGGGUAAUCGCAGCGCCAGCCCUCCCUCCAGCCCCGAGCUGGAACCAUCUGACGAGAUCCCAGGACAGGAGCACCAGCUAGCCCAUGGUCAAUCGGAGCAGAUAAGUGGCAGCAGCACGCCCAUGGCCGCGAGGAGCAGGCACCCCAAAUCGCUAGCUAUGCGCUGCUACGCGGCGAGCCAGCGCACCCUGGCCGUGGUGGUGUGGAGUCUGGCGGCGCUGGUGAUCCUUCUCAACUUCCACCUCCUCGUCACCCACAAGGAGGAGCAGAGCAGCAGCAGGGUGCUCGAGAUCCACCGCUCCAUCGUCAGGGAGCUGGAGUGGGUGGAGGAGGAGACGUUCCAGGUGACGCCCGCCCGGAGCCGGAGGAACCCCCGGGCGGUGCGGCGCAAGGGGGAGCACAGCAAGCCGCUCUCCGUGGUGGAUGAGUUCUUGGACGAGUCCUCUGCGGUGCACGACAUGUUCUUCCCCGAACGGAGGACGGCCAUGGAUCCGGUCCAUGGUGGGAACGACAGCAUGUACUACUACUUCCCUGGGAGGGUGUGGCUCGACACCGACGGCAAACCCAUACAGGCGCAUGGAGGAGGCGUGCUGUAUGAUGAGAGGAGGGAGACCUACUUCUGGUAUGGAGAGAAUAAGGAUGGCAAGACGUACAGAGCUCACACCAAGGGAGCUGAUCGAGUUGACAUUGUGGGAGUGAGUUGCUAUUCAUCAAAGGACCUGUGGGCAUGGAAAAAUGAAGGAGUAGUGCUCCGUGGCGAGGAAAAGAAUGUGACACAUGACCUCCACAAAUCCAAUGUCCUGGAGAGGCCAAAGGUGAUCUACAAUGACCGGACUGCCAAAUAUGUGAUGUGGAUGCACAUAGAUGACACUAACUACACCAAAGCGUCAGUUGGUGUAGCAGUCAGUGACUCUCCCACAGGCCCGUUCUCGUACCUCUACAGCAAGCGGCCACAUAACUGUGAGAGCAGAGACAUGACCAUAUUCAAGGAUGACAAUGGGAAGGCCUACCUGAUAUACUCUUCAGAGGACAACAGUGAACUCCACAUCGGUCAGCUCACCGAUGACUACCUUGAUGUGACCAGUGACAUGCGGAGCUUUCUCAUCGGGCAGCAUCGAGAAGCUCCCGCGCUCUUCAAGUUCGACGGCACCUACUACAUGAUAACCUCAGGCUGCACAGGCUGGGCGCCGAACACCGCGCUGGCUCAUGCUGCCACAUCAGUCAUGGGACCCUGGGAGACACUGGGGAAUCCUUGUGUUGGAGGGAACGACAUAUUCCGAUCGACGACCUUCUUCUCCCAGAGCACAUUCGUGUUGCCACUCCCAGGCCUAAGAGGCUCAUUCAUCUUCAUGGCUGACCGGUGGAACCCUUCCGAGCUGAGAGACUCGCGAUACGUGUGGCUGCCACUGACAGUAGGUGGGCUGCCUGAUGAGGCUGCUGACUACAGCUUUAUGUUCCCUCUCUGGUCCCGGGUGUCGAUUUACUGGCACCGACGGUGGCGGCUCCCUGAGGGGUGGACAGAUUCUUGAAAAAUUGAAGUUGCUAAUACGUUUGGUACGUUUGAUAGAUACGGAUUUAUAGACAUUUGACACGCACUGGUUGUGUGUUGUAUAGGCCAGCUGUAGAUGUUAGCAGAGUUGUAAAUGUGCAGUUUUGAGUUUGUUCUCAGAUCACAUAGAUACCUGUCCCCUUGUGUUACCUUCUCCAAGGGUAACAGCUUUAGAAUAAUGUGGCUGCACUUCCAUUUGUUUUGCCAGUGGUAACGAAAUUGUGUUGACUGAUACAUGUAUCUGUAAUUCAUGCUGAUCCAACUCUGUAUCUGGGCAACCA